AUGUGUGAUGUCUUACAAUCUCUUAGUGAACAGUUGGUUGAUAUACAAAAUGAAUCUAACCCUGAAUGUUCCAAAAUUGAAGAUAUCCUUAAACCUGCUGAGCCUUGUUUACAUAACAUGCCACUUGAGAUAAUAUUAAAAAUAUGUUCAUAUUUGGAUGCAGAUUUCAUAAAAAACACUCUUAGCAAAGUGUGUACAAGGUUUGAAAUUAUUUUAACAGAUGUUAGCCUUUGGAAACAUAGAGUAAGUUGUAAAAUAAGGGGCCUUUUUCCACCAUUAUCAGAUUUAGAUAACUGGAAUGAAGAUUCAGUAGAAUGGACAGAUAUGUGUAUUGAAAUGGAGGCUGAAAGGAACAAAUGGCACAAUGUGGAGAAGGCAACAAAACAUUUAGUAAUAAAAGAUCUUCAUUAUGCAUCUGUUGAUGCUGUUAUUCUGGUCAAUAAAGGUCUUACAUGUAUAUCAGGUGGAAGAGACAGGUGUUUAGCAUUAUGGAAUGUAAUGGACUUAAAAAAUGAGAGUAGUGAAAAUGACACAAUUCUGACAGACCUAAAGCCUACUAAAAUAAGACAUGAUGCACAUGCUGGCUGGGUGUGGGAUCUGGCUACUGAUAAUUUGGACUCUGCUUACAUUGUUUACUCUGCAUCUUGGGAUAAUACAGUAAAAGCAUGGGACAUUAAUUGUGGAUUUGAAUGUGUUGAAACUUUUAAUUGUGGUAUGUCAGCACUUUCAGUAGUAGCAUAUGACAAUACAGUAAUGGCUGGAUUAUAUUCCAAGAAAAUUUUAUCUUUCGAUGUACGUUGUGGUCCCAAUCCCAUAAAUGUGUACAAGCCCCACAGAGGACCAGUUUUAGCUUUAACUACUUAUAAAGAACAAAUUGCAUCAGUGAGUGAAGACAAAACGCUAGCGAUAUUUGAUAAAGUCGCUGGAAAAAUUAUGAAGACUGAAAUAAAAAUACCAACUGAUAAAGCAUAUCCAGUCAGUAUGAGUUGGAACAUGCACUCUUUGUACAUUGGCGACUCAAAAGGAACUCUUCAUCUAUUCAAUCCAGAUGAUCACACAUUUGUUAGAACACAUGAGCUAUGGCCAGAAUCAAGUAUAACUGAGCCCUCAAAUAAGAUAGCUGGAUGCUACUUGGGUCAAGGAACACUUAUAGCGUGCUCAGAUAGGGGUGAAAUUAAAUUUCUAUAUAAUAGUAGUCCACCUGAAGAAUAUAAAAGUAUUCGAACCAGCACUGUGGAUGUUACACAGUUGCGGUAUCUAAAUGGGAUUUUAGCUGUCGGCACUUGUGAUUCAGCCCUGGAAUUCUGGAUUCCUAACGAUAAAUUUGACCACACAAAUUUA